AUGAUCUGCAGCACCUUACUAUCCCAUUUGGCUGCAAAUACACGAGAAAAUAGUGACCAAAAUAUUACUAAUGGUUUGGUAAGGAAGAUUGUGAGUGGAACUGAUGCUCAAGCGUGCAAUAUUCGAGGCAUAAUACCGGCUCACAUCAGUCAAAUUUAUGAUGAAUUAUUUGUCAUACAUCAGAAGCUCCAGAGAGAAAGUUCAGCACAGCAGGAGUAUGCUCUGCAACUCCGGAAACGAGAGCACUUUCUAACAGAGCGAGAAGCGUUGCUUUUUAGACAUGAAGCAGCUUUGGCUAAAAUAAGAGGUGUGGAGGAAGAAGUUCACACAAAAUUUGGAAUUAUAAAAGAGCAACAUGAGGCAGAAGUUAAACAGCUGACGGAAGCUUUGAGGGAAAUAACUAAAGAAAAUAGAAGGCUGAAGUCGUCAUUUGACACCUUGAAGGAAAUGAAUGACUCUUUAAGAAAACAGUUAAGUGAUGUAACUGAGCUGAACAAGAAGUUAGAAGGCCAAGCAAGAAAAGUACAAGCUCGUUUAGAGAAUCUACAAAGGAAGCAUGAAUUUUUAAUGGUGCAGAAGUCUAAGAAUAUAUGUCAAGUCGUGCAACAAAGUAAACCUGUCAAGCAGGAAAAAGUGAUGGUAACAUCAAAAAAUGUUAAGCUACCACUGAAUUCACAAGUUUAUGAGCUCGUAACUUCUCUUAUGGAUUGGGUCUCAGACCAGCAUCUUAGCGAAAUAAAGCUACAAGAAGAAAGGGAAGACAGUCACAAACUUCUGGUUACCCAGACCUCCAAAAAAACCUGCACCCAGGAAAGGUGUAUGAAGCUUUUGCCUAUAGUUGCUGAGCAACUCCGGUGUAUGCCAUUGGUGAAUCCUAAACUUCACAUGCCUGUGAUUAAAUUUAUUUACUGGUCUAUAAGACAUCUAGACAGUGGUAUUCAGCAUGCAACAAUGACAUCAACAAUGAGGAGACUUGGCGAAGAUAUUUUCAAAGGCAUAGUAAGCAAGGGAAACCCACAUAGUUCUUCUGAACAUUCUACAGAGAGUAAAUCAAAGUCUGCAGCUUUCUUUAAGAGUUCCUGUAUGCCUUUGAGGUUUCUGUCAACUUUAAUUGUGCUUAAAACAGUGACACAAGUGGAUUACCUGGCUCAGGCGUUUGAUUCCCUUCACACAGACUUGAAGACAGAUGAAGGGAAGGCCUUAUUUUUGGAAUACCAAUGUGUGCCUGUCAUAUUGAGUCACUUAAAAGUAUCCAGUAGAGGUCUGCUUUCCAGUGCUCUUGAUGGAUUACUUCAGAUGACCAUGGAAUCUGGUUCCUUACAGCCUUUCCUGGAAGCCUGCAGUAAUGAAUCCUUCUUCUGUACUUGCUCUGUAUUGCUUCGAAGUUCAAAGUUAGAUAUUCUGAUUUUGGAAAAGCUCUGUGUUAUACUGCAAAAACUCUCCAGAAUAAAAAGCAAUAAGAAGAUGUUUGAAUUGUUUUCUCUUCACCAAAUGAUCCAAGAACUGCAUAGGACUACAAAUCCAGAUCAUGCUUUCCUCCGUAUAAACCUCAACUCAAUUCUGUUGAAUUUGGGAUUGUUGAGGAGUAAUUCUCUUGCCUCCAGUCUAAGCACAAGUCACUAG